UCCUGUUCGGUGCCUCCUUCCUCGGACGCAGAACAAAACCCUAGCUCUCCAGUGCCUCUCGUCUUCGUGGAGGUUCUUGUCGCAGAGAGAGAGAGAGAGAGAGAGAGAGAGAGAGAGAGAUAUGGCGAAGUCUAUGAGAUCGAAGAAAUUGAAGAGGUUGAGAGCUAUCCGGAGGGAGAUCGUCGAGCCCUUCUACGACAAGAAGGACGCCGCGAAGCUCGCCGCUCAGGAAGCUGCUCUCGCCGCUCCGAAGGUCCCCGUCCCCGCUCUCCCCAGCUCCAGUUCCAAUUCCAUGGAGGUCGCCGCCGCCGCCUUCAACGGUUCCAUGGAUAUAGAAAUGGCUGAUGGCAAUCAAAGCAAGAGUUCCUUGAAGCCAGCUGGUGGUGUAGGGAAGAAAUCCAAGAGGAAAUUCAAGGUGGGUAAAAACAAGCGCCACGGUAAGGGAAAGUUCAGGAGAAAGCGCAACAUUUGAGCACC